AUGCUUACCCCCAAGAGAGCCGUCGCCGCGGCCGCCUUCUUCCUAAUCGUCUUCUACUUAAUCUCCUCCUCCCACGACACAACAACCAUCUCCACGAAAGCUCCCGUCGCCGCCUCGAAUCAUGAUACGACAGACUCCUCAAAGACGUCACAUGCCUCCUCGAUCGACAGCAUGGAGCCCUCCUUCCCGAAGAAGGUGACUGGACAAAAGCCCAUGAUGGACAUGUCCAAGAUGUCGCUCGCCGACAAGCUGGCGUACCAAUACCCCUAUGACGUCGAGACGCGUUUCCCUGCCUACAUCUGGCAGACUUGGAAGUGGACGCCUGCCGAGGAGGAGUUCAGUUUCCGUGAACAGGAGGCGUCUUGGUCCGAGCAGCAUCCCGGCUUCGUCCACGAGGUUAUCACGGACAAGGUUGCUGUCAACCUGCUCCGUCUGCUCUACGCCUCUGUUCCCGAAGUCCUCGCCGCGUACGACGCUCUCCCUCUCCCCGUCCUCAAGGCCGACUUCUUCCGAUACCUGAUCCUGCUUGCGCGCGGCGGCAUCUACUCCGAUAUUGAUACCUAUGCUAUCCGGUCUGCUCUCGAGUGGGUUCCCGAGCGCAUCCCCCGGGAGAGCAUUGGUCUGGUCAUCGGCAUCGAGGCCGACCCUGACCGCCCCGACUGGAAGGACUGGUACAGCCGUCGCAUUCAGUUCUGCCAGUGGACCAUCCAGUCUAAGCCUGGCCACCCUGUGAUGCGCGAGAUCGUCACCCGCAUCACGCAGGAGACCCUGAAGCGCAAGAGAGCCGGCCUGCUUGAUAACAUUGUCGACAAGAACGUUGUCGAGUUUACGGGUCCGGCCGUCUGGACGGAUACCAUCUUCGACUAUUUCAACGACCCGCGCUUCUUCGACCUGAAGAACUCCAAGGGCCCUAUCGACUGGAGGAAUUUCACGGGCAUGGAAACUUCCAAGAAGGUCGGCGACGUGGUGGUCCUCCCCAUCACCAGCUUCAGCCCUGGUGUGCAGCAAAUGGGCGCCAGGGAUUAUGAUGAUCCUAUGGCAUUUGUCAAGCACGACUUUGAGGGCACAUGGAAGCCCGAGGAGCUCCGCCAUAUUGGCGAGCAGAACGAGGAGAAGGCCUCCUCCUCAUAA